AUGGUGAAUGAUACCAUCGACAUUGCCUCGCACAUUUUAGAUUUUAAUUUUGACUCUUCCGUGAAACAACAGCAACAACAACAACAACAACAAAAACAACAAGAAACGUUACAACGUUCCGCUAGUAAUAAUACACUCAGAAAAAAUCAACAGAGAGUGCAUCAAAAAUUAGCAAAACAGGAUCAACAGGAUAAGCGAAAUUCUGUGAAUCUACAAAUUCUACCCAGCAGCGCUGAGAAUUUAAGCUGGACAUUUUUCGAUAAAGUCUCUACUUUGGACAAUCAAUUGCGCGGCGAUGAAGAG